GUCGGCUCAAUAGCAGCCAUUUUGAGAUGGCGGAUACUUGUCGUAUUUUUGCUCAAAAGAAAUCCUUAUUUUUCUACGCUUAGUAGAGUCCAUCUGCGAAGUACUGCGUCGAUAUGAGUUUUGAUAAACCACUUCUUAAUUUUGUCCGAGCAAAAGCGAGUUUUUCACAGGAAUUCGGCAAAGGAAACCAAAAGAAGAAGAAYGACGACAUACAAGGAACUCUGUCAGGAAUUGAGGCAAAGGAAUUUUAUAAYAGCGUUAUAAAAUCAUCGAAUGACAAUGAUAGCUGCACAAAAGGUUUUUACAGUAAAGCGAAAAGGCACGAACAAGUUAAUCAUGAAGAAACAAAUUUUAUCGUUUCAACAAGAAGUUCUAGGAAACGUAGUUCGAGUUUCGGUGAAAGUCGUAUAAAGACGAAAAAGAGAAUUACUAGUGARAAAAAUGAUAAAGAAGGCAGUCCUUCUGUCGCUUCUCGUUUAGUUAAUAAGUUCCUUCAAUAUGCCCAAGAGGGUCAUUUAAGAGACUUGAAGAGGUUGUUGUCAGAGACUACUAUUGAUAUUGAUGUUAAGGAUCAAUACUUAUGGACAGCAUUAAUGUGUGCGGCUCACAGUGGACACACGAAUGUAGUCAGGUACUUGUUAGACAAAGGCGCUUCAUGGAAAGGAAUGGUUAACUCUCAAGGUAAAACUGCACUAGAUCUUGCCAGAGYUGCCAACCAUUCUGCCAUCAUAGCAUUACUUGAAGGAAGGGAACUGAAUAGAGCUAUCCCAAGAAGUCUUAAAUCUAGGACUUUGAGUGCAGUAGGCAAGCCGUUUUGGUGUCCUGUUUGUAAACAAGAGUUCACAGAAGAUGAGAAAAGACACCAAAGCUCGACAGUGCAUCAGUUUAACUGCCAGCACAAAACAAAAGGGCCUUAUUUUUCGAUCUCUGAAGAUAAUCCAGGGUAUAAAUUAAUGGUCAAGUCUGGCUGGGAUGAGGAGACAGGGCUUGGACCAGAAGGGGAAGGAAGGAAGUUUCCUAUCAAAACAGUACUAAAACGAGACAGAUAUGGUCUUGGGAAUGAAAUGAGUUCCAAGGCCAGAGUAACUCACUUUGGGCCAAAUGAUAAGGAUGCUGUAAAAAUAAAGAAAAAAGAGAAAAACGAURGAAGGAAGGAAACAAACAGAACUUUGUCAAAAAAGCAAAAACGAUUGAAAGAAAGCAAAGAAAAAGUUUGGGAGCGCAACAUGAGGAUCUACAUGAACAGCUGAAUGAAAGGCCAAGAAGAACUACAUCAAGUAUUUAUUGGUUUAAUGAAGUUUUAAUUACUGUAUUGUGUUAUAGCUUCAUUUCAUCCAGGAUGUCAAAAUGUUGGGGUUUUUUUUCAAAAAAAAAAACAUUUUAACUUCCAGAAUUUCCAAUUCGCAACUAGUCUAAAGGGUUAGUUGUUACGGAUUUGUAAAGCAUGACAUGUCGUAAAGCAUGCUGUGGUAGGAUUUCUUCAUUUUAAUGACUUGAUUUUUAUAAGUUGAAAAAAGGUUCUGAAUUUUUUUUGUAGAACUAAAUAUGGGAGGAAAGGGACGGGAAAAGUAAAGCCAAUGUAGCCCAAGUAGUAUCUUCUUAAAUAGAUGGGCAUACGAUGA